CCAACAUCCGCCUGUAGGAGCACAUGCCCGACCUAAGAUUAGCAUGCGCGUGAUUCUCAAGAGAUACGCAGUCUGUUUAGCAUGGAUUUUGUGGUGUCGCCCUCGCAGGCGCUCACCACGGGCCGCCGCCACAGCCCGCGGCUGUCGCCUCGUCGGCUCCGAGGAGCGGCAAGGGCAGGGCGAAGCCUCCUGACGUGAUAUCACGCCUCCUCGACGAGACGGUGGUGCCGAACGUCAGGCACAGGUGGGAGGCCUACCUCCGAGGGAGCGAAGCUCUGGAGAGGCUGAGGCGGUCGCAGGCCGUCUACAGGCACGCACGGCCCGGCGACAGUGCGGUGGUGCAGGCGUGCUUCACGACCGCCUUCCUGCGAGAGGGAGAGGGCGCUUUCGCUGUGCUCUCAGACGUGAAUAUCCAGGCGUUUGUGGACACCUGCCUGGAGCUCUGGCCCAUCCUGGAGCCCGAGGUCCGGGAGAGGCUGCUUGAGCUGGCACGGUCAGGGCAGCUCAGGCACAGGUUAUUUGAGAGCUACACGUCCCCCCUGCCUGAGUACCCAGCGAGCGUCUGUGCAGCUGGCGCGCAGCAGAUGCAGUGGGAAGAGUUGGAGCAUGCCAGCACGCAAGAUCGUCAGGACUCGUCACUCUACCGCGCGAAGGGGAUAUUACCGCUGAGACUGAACAAUAUUGGACUUGAGCACGUGGCGGCCGCGUUCCAGCGGUCGGAGGUCGCCAAGUUCGAUGCCCGACGAUUAUUGCCACCAGGCGCAUUGAACAUCACACUCCUGCAGCUGAGCAACAUGAAUGGCGCCGGCGCCCGCAGCGUGCCGUACAAUUCGGGCGCGCUGUUCUCGGACGUAGCGCGCUGCCAUACGCCUCUGCUGAAUCUGAUCCAGAAGUUCCCACGCUGGGGUCCACAAUCAGAGCUCGUGGCGUGGACGACUCGAGUGAUGAUCCCUUGGAUGCUGGACCAAGAGUGCCCUCCAGUGAGGUCGCUGUCACAGGUCGGCGAGGCCUCGGUGAAUUUCUCGCACGAGGAGAUGAGGUGGAGCAGUUUGCACAGACACACGACUGCCACGAACGAGAAGUACAGGACCAGCCACAAAGAGAACAGAUCCAUCCAGACUGGUGCAAUCAGCGCUCGCCGUUUGGCGGGUUUCAAAAAUAUAGAUUUUGCCACAUUGUUGGGUAUCGGAGAGUUGGUGGAACAUGUUCAUGCUUUCGUGAGACUAGGGCCGACAGGGGGCUUGUAUCACAAUGACAUGUUCGACAACAUCAUAGUGCAGGUGUCAACGACGAUUGACGUCGUGGUUGUUCCAGCGAACUGCUCCCACUUGGUGACGUCUGAGUCGAGCAGAGCCACAACCAUUCUCCCCAGCAAGGGAGGCAUCCUGGAGUGGGCCACCCAGGGGAUGAGGAGAGGGCAGAGCAAGGUGCCGUUCUAUCACUUCAAGCUGCGCCCAGGAGAGGGUGUCGUCCUCCCCAGUGGCGCCGUGCACAACGUAUUUGCCCGGAGCCCCCAUCGCAUCGGACUGAGUGCCUUCAUGGAGCCGAAGUUCGGCAAGAUGCAAUGGGGCUCCUCGGCGCCAGCGGGCGCGUUCGGGAGAGCUGAUCGAGGCUACCUUGCGGCCCGAAGCGUCGCCGUGAGAGUUCUGAAGAAGCUCUGGGAACGUCGGCGCCUGGGCAUGUUCUGGCACACAGCCCGGCUGGAGUUGAUCUGAUCAGUCGGGGAAUGGCGUGGCCCAGUCCGAAGAGUUUCUCGAUUCCGGCAGCAGCAGCUUCGGGCGACGACAGUCCGACCUAGCGCAAGGCCUUGAAGUUACAGAAGAUUGCCAUCAGUCGGCGGCGGAUUGUCUGAACGGGCCGCUGCGAGUUCACACGGAUCGCCGCGAUCGCCGUACGCACACGAGAUGCCCACAUGUUUAUUACCAUUGGUUGGGCUGAUUUCAGCACCUCGCCUUGCCACGUCGUAGGUAUUCAUCGCGGUGUUGAAGAUUGUGGUAGUUCGCGUGGUGUUUGAGAUCGUUUUCCAUACGGGCAGCACAAAGAGAUUGUAUGGUUGGAUUGGACUUGGCGAUCGGCACACAACUCUCAAGUUGUGUUGUUGUUCUCGCUCCUCGCUAGUCCCGCGUGCCAGAUUUCGUGGUCGGGCCUCGGAACGUUAGUUGCACAUUUCUCUCGCUGCAUGAUGCUUCUCGAGCAACGAUACGACAUCUCGCGACAACUGUUGCGUUUAAAUGUCUGGACAGCCACAAAGCAAGUGCACAAAGAGACCAAACAUGAAAGUAAGCUGGCAUCGCUCGUCAACGCGAGUGGGCUUGGUACAAGACGAAGACAUACAGCCCAGCGGGAUUCCCAAUGAACCCAGCAUGGAGCCAAUGUUCGACGUGUUCGAGAGCUUCGGCGCGCCCGAGGCUCCCAAGACUCUCGAAGCACUUGACAUGAGUAUACGCCGUUGAUUACCCUUGCAUCGGCAACACCCAUGUCGCAUUCAGCGUGCCGACGCCUAGUUCUCUGACGCGAUUUAUGUUCAUGCGAGUGGUGGACACUGUGCCGAGUUCUUUUCUGAGCUGCCUCAACACUGUCGGGUGCGGCCAAGAGGGGGGUGAAGACCAGGGGGGGGGGAUGUCAUGGCCAGGGCCAUGACAUCUCCCCAGGUGUCAUGGCCCCUGUUCUUACUUCCAUGCGUCCCCUGCCCCCCCCCCCUGGUCCGCGCACGUGCCUCGGGCCAUGGUUUGCACCCCCCCUCCUGGACGCCCCCCUCGUGGACGCCCCCGGUGCUGAGUACGAAUGCCUAGCAGUGUCGACGACGCCCACGGCGAACCGCCGCCUCCCCCCUGCCUUUUGGAAGCGCCUGUGGCCGAACGCUGUGGCCAGAGCGCUCGGCCACGGCGUCGGACUGUGUUCCUCUAGCCUGUUGCGGAAAAUUUUCGAGCGUCGGACUGCCUGUAAGUGCUGGACAGAUCAAGGCAUCGGAGCUCUGGGAGGAGUUUUCGGCGGAGGGCCAGGGCCUCGUCGCGUCGCCACCUCGACGUGGGGCCUCGGUGUUUUUCUGAGGCCCAGCGUGCUGCCGCCGGCCGGCCCCGCUCUUUUUUGUUUGUUUGUCUCUUGCUCGGUCGGCCCAUGACCAGCCCGAUGUCCAAGGUUCGAGUAGGGGAUCGAUCACAUCAUCGACGUACCCCAAAACGGAUUUCCCGUCGAACCUAGG